AUGGCAGCCGUGGUUCCUCGGAGCUUCCGUUUACUAGAAGAGCUUGAGAAUGGCGAAAAAGGACGCGGGGCAGAAGCAUGUUCCUAUGGCCUUGCCAACGGGGACGACGUAACAAUGACGAAUUGGAAUGGAACAAUUCUAGGUCCCCCUCAUAGUGUGCAUGAGAACCGGAUAUAUAGCGUCAAUAUUAAAUGUGGUGAAAAUUAUCCCGAUCUUCCGCCAACUAUCCACUUCGUUUCCAAGGUGAACCUUCCCUGCGUCGAUCCGCGAAACGGUAAAGUCGAUCUGACGAAGCUACCCCGACUUGCUAUAUGGAAGAGAGAGUUUACGAUGGAGACCAUUCUGCUUGAGAUUAGAAGGCAAGCAAAAUGCUAUAAAGAGAUGCCGCGGGAUAUCCGUGCUUACUAA